AUGGAGCCGGUCUUCGCCCUGAUCGUCUUUGCCUGCCUGGUCGGGGAGGGCUACAGCAACCUGCCCAGUUCCCCCCAGCUCUUCUGCAUCUUCAACCACAACGAGGACGCCUGCCGCUACGGCAUCGGCAUCGGCGUCCUCGCCUUCCUCGCCUGCAUCUUCUUCUUCAUGGUGGACAUCUACUUCCCCCAGAUCAGCAACACCACUGACCGCAAGUACCUGGUCCUGGCGGACCUCGGCUUCUCAGGUCUCUGGACGUUCCUGUGGUUCAUUGGCUUUUGUUUCUUGACCAACCAGUGGGCCUGGACACAGGCCGAAGACGUGUACAUCGGGGCUGACUCGGCCCGUGCCGCCAUCACCUUCAGCUUCUUCUCCAUCUUCUCCUGGGGCCUCCUGAUUGCCUUCGCUUACAAGAGGUACAAAAUGGGGGUGGAGGACUUUGCUCACAGCUACAUCGACCCCACCCCGGAGGCUUCAGCUCCCUACUCCAGCUACCCCAACAUCAGUCACGAGAGCUACCAGCAGCCGCCCUUCACCCACACGGCAGAAGCCCCGGAGGGUUACCAGCCCCCGCCGGUGUACUGAGCCCCUGCCCGGUGGCCGGGCAAAGACGGCUG